ACCGUCUGCGUCAUUAUCAGAUGCCAUCUUUUGUUCUCGCCAGUUCACCGCUUGUUUCAUCCUUUUUGCAAGUGGGGAUGAUGUCGUAGGUCUUGCUUCAACCAUGUUCUAAACAAGGGGUUAGUGCUUCUCAUCCAGCUGCGCCUUGUAUCCCACAGCGUGCAACGAGAAAUUGGUAGUAAGUUUGGUAGUACUCGGAAAACUCCGCUCCGAUCAAUAUGGAUCGCACUUUAGUUCUGACUUGCACUACGACUUGCAGCCACUCCGCAUUCCGCCAGUCUGCAUUGCCUAGCAACACCAGCAUAUCUGUGAGGUUAGGAACAUGUAGCGUUCGCACACAGAAGCGCCGUACGGUUGUAGCCAGUCUUGGGAACAUUGAGACGACAUCGACAUCGACCGUGGGGCAAGAGAGCAAUCUGCCCCUCCGUGAAAUCCCCGGAAGCUACGGAAUCCCUUAUUUGUCGCAAUUGCUCGACAGAUGGACCUUUUUUUACAGGGAAGGCGAACCGCAGUUCUGGCAAUCACGAAUGGCGAAGUAUGGGAGCACCGUGAUUCGAUCCAACAUGCCGCCUGGUUGGUUUUGGACCGACUCCCGCUGCAUUAUGCUUCUUGACCAGAAGAGCUACCCCACCGUCUUUGAUUACGAUAAGGUGGAUAAGUACAAAGCCUUUGCUGGGACCAUCAUGCCAAGCACCGAAUACAAUGGCGGGUAUGAGGUGUGUGCGUACCUCGACGCUUCUGACAAGAAGCAUGAGCAGCUCAAAGGCUAUUGCUUCGAGCUUCUCAAAUUUUCCUCGUCGAAAUGGGCACGGGAGUUUCACACGGCCAUCUCAGAGACAUUCAAUCAGUGGGAAGGCAAACUUGCACAAAAGACGCCUGCAUUAAUUAACCCGACGCUUCCUGAAUCGCUCUUUAGUUUUGUGAUCAAUGCACUGACUACCGCUAGAUUCGACGACAGUAGCAUACCCGAUGCAGAGAAGCCAGUCUGCGGGGAUUUGCAAAAAUGGGCGGGAUUCCAGCUGAUGCCCGUAAUCAGAACCGGGGCACCUAUCUACAUUGAAGAGAUGCUCCACGUUGCUCCCAUCCCUGCAAGCCUAACUAAAGGGGGCUAUGACAAAAUGGUGGUGUUUCUUCAAAAGUAUGCGGCUGAAACGCUAUCCAUCGCAGAGAAGUUUGGGUUGUCUCAGGACGAGGCGGUUCACAACUUGAUCUUCUUCCUAAUCUUGAACGCUCAUGGCGGAUUCUGCCGGUUCCUUCCAGUGAUCCUUCGGGAAGUAGCCAAGAAUGGCCAACUGCAAGCUGAUUUGCGAGAGGAAGUGCGGGCCGCAGUGAAAGCCAGCGGAUCGGACCAAGUGACCAUGAAGGCCGUGAUGAAUGACAUGCCUCUGGUGGCAUCGACAGUAUUCGAGGCGCUCCGCUUCGACCCCCCGGUGCCAUUUCAGUACGCCAGAGCGAAGAAGGACUUCAUCAUCGAAUCCCACGACGCGAGAUACCAAAUAAAAACCGGCGACUUCCUCGGCGGCGUGAACUACAUGGUCUCCCGCGACCCGAAGGUGUUCACCGACAGGCCCAACGAGUUCAACGCGCGGCGGUUCAUGGGACCGGAGGGGGACAAGCUGCUUGCACAUUUGGUGUGGUCGAACGGCCGGCAAACUGAUGAAACCACGGUGUACACAAAGCAGUGUGCGGGGAAGGAGAUUGUGCCGCUCACAGGGCGCCUUCUUCUGGCGGAGCUUUUCAUGCGCUUCGAUUCCUUCAACAUCGAAGGCCUCGAAAUGGAGGCAACCUUCACUUCACUGACGCCGCGAUCAGAUUGAAGCUAUAGCUUGUAAAACACCCACCCCACGUUGUGAGAUUAUUAGUACCACGUACAUCAGUAGUUCACGAGACUCAUAUUCUGAUCCAUCAUCGCCUGGAUGUCGAAACUGACUAUAUGUAGUAUACUCGACUUUGUAUGCCAAAAACACAUUUUCAAUUUGUCUAAUCGGCCCUGUUUCCACUUCAUCAAGCUGUCUGCAGUAUAUAUAUGUAUUACAAAAGAGCAAACAAAGACCUGAAAUAAUGAAGGAAAAUGCUUUCUUCUCAGUUA